UGUUCUGUUCUCUUUUCUUUCAUCUUCAUCUUCUUAUUCUGCUAUAUAGCUUAAGCAGGUAUUACUCAACUAUCCCAACAAAAGUUCUCUAGUCUCCCACCCAAAAUGAUAUCCAUCAAAUCCUUAGCUGAAUCCCCUGAACUAACUUCUAUUCCUGCCUCUUAUACCUUCACCAGCAAUCCCAAUGAAUAUCCAGCACUUCUUCCAGCUGACCCAGAAGUCAAUGUCCCGAUCAUUGAUCUCGCCCUCCUCACCUUUGGUACGUCCGAUCAACGGUCGAAAGUCAUCAACGAACUCGGCAAUGCCUGUGAAAACUGGGGCUUCUUCAUAGUCACCAAUCAUGGUGUGCCGGAGAGUCUGAUGGACGCAGUAAUGGAUGGAUGUAGAGGAUUUUUUUAUCUUUGUGAGGAUGAUAAGUUGGAGUUCAAGGGAGAUCAUGUCAUGGACCCAAUCAGGUGUGGAACAAGCUUCAACGCUUCAAUAGAGAAAGAGUUCUACUGGAGGGAUUUUCUCAAGGUCUUUGUUCAUCCUCAGUUUCACUUCCCUAAUAAACCAUCUGGGUUCAGUAAUCUUGCAUUAGAGUACUGCAAAAGAAUCCGGGAAGUCGCGAAGGACGUACUUGAAGGGAUAUCAGAGAGUUUAGGUAUGGAAAGCAACUACAUAAACAAGGCCUUGAAUUUGGAUUCAAAUUUCCAAAUCUUCAUAGCAAACUUAUAUCCGCCUUGUCCACAGCCAGAGCUAGCAAUGGGACUGCCUCCUCAUUCAGAUCAUGGCCUCUUGACUUUUCUUACCCAAAAUGGAAUUGGUGGCCUUCAGAUUCAACACAAUGGCAAGUGGGUUAGCGUAAAUCCCAUUCCCAACUCCUUCUUGAUCAACACCGGCGAUCACCUUGAGAUUUUGAGCAAUGGGAAGUUCAAGAGUGUUGUGCAUCGAGCCAUUGUGAACCGCAAUUCCACAAGAAUAUCACUAGCGAUUGCAAAUGGACCGUCCCUUGACACGGUCGUCACCCCAGCAGCAGAGUUGGUUGACAGCCAUAAUAUUCCACCAGCAUAUAUCGGAAUUAAAUACAAGGAAUACAUACAACUUCAACAAAGCAACAACCUUAAAGACAAAUCUGUCUUGGAUCGUAUUCGAUCAAUCUGAGUUUAGAUAUUUCAAUAGGUCAAAUUAUCAAUGGAUGAUCCUUGUCUUAAAUGGAUUAUGACUGUGAAUUCAAAAUAUUAUAGAAUAUAUGCGUUAGUGUGAUUUGUAUUUGACCCUAGGUUAAUUAUAAUUUAACUUUUUUUAUUAUAAUAU